AAACAUUCGAACUCGUAUCGAUAAAGGGCUAUUCAUCGAUAUUUCCACGUAUGACGGCGCAACCCUACGCACGGCAGCCUCCGGUCUCCUUGCCUCCAGUGGAGUCUCAGUGGCCGCCAGAGAAGCACGCAUCACUCUCAUAUACAAUAUGGGGUUUUAAAUUAUCCAGAUACAAAGAUGGCGCAACUUCUGGCACUGAUUUUUCACUUGGCGGCGAUUUCUUAUACCCUCGGCUUCAAUGGAGACAGCUUCGAACUGGAAUGUCCUGAUGAGUGUGACUGCCACUACUUCAGGAUCAACUGGGUGACGGAUUGCUCAGAAAGUAACCUUACUGAAGUGCCUUAUGAUGAAUUAAGCAUGAGCGUGUAUAUUUUGGACCUGAAUGGCAAUAAUAUUACGACAUUGAAGGCGUUCCCGUCUGAUAUCAAAAUGAGGAGGCUGCAGAUUGCUGAGAACAGGCUGACCAGGGUCGAUAGGGAAGCAUUUAAAGGCUUGGAGUACCUUAUUGACGUGGAUUUGUCAGGAAACAAUAUUAGUUAUGUUGAUCCUGAAGCAUUCCUAGAUUCUCGAGGACUUCUCAAUGUGGAGCUACAGAACAAUCCGAUCAGUGUAGUGGAAGGCCCCUUUCUUGUGUCCCCCACCCUGCAGUACCUCGACCUCAGCUGGUGCAACCUCUCCACCAUCAACCCUCAGUUCUUCGACAACAUCACAUCGCUCACCACCCUCGAUCUCUCCAACAACCCCCUCAAUACCUUGGACGACGGACUCUUCGACGUCUUAACCAGCCUAGACACAUUGAAAGUUAACGACUGCAAACUUACCUCAAUCAAUGAAAAUAUCUUCUCAGCUUUAAGCAAUUUGAAGAAUCUAGAAUUAGCUGGCAAUCAACUCACCAACACAGACUGGGCAGAACUACUAGGGAAGCUGACGAGACUCCAGUAUUUGAACAUACGCAAGACCGGCAUAACAUCACUUUCUGAGGACACUUUCUCCAAUUGCACAAACCUCGUCACACUAAUCUUGGCUGACAAUGAGUUACGCGAUUUGGAUCUUGCGGCCACAUUAGUCAACAGCGUCAACAACUUGGAAUUAUUAGACUUGUCGAAUUGUAAAAUAAAGGGCCCGAUUGCAGGCGAAGUGUUUGCCAACGCCACUAGACUAAAAAGUCUUUAUCUUUCUGGAAAUCCGUUGUUUGCUCCAGACUUACAAGAAGCGUUAGAACCUCUUCCCAAAUUAGAAAGGCUAUUCUUAAGUAAUUGCGGAUUGCGCAACCUCCCCGAUAAUUUUAAUGUUUUCGACAAUCUGCAAGAGUUAGACAUAUCCCACAAUCCACUUGUCAACGUGUUUACUAAACUCCUAGCUCCACUGGAACAUUUGGAAUACUUAAACAUGGGAUACAGUAACCUGUCCUACAUAGGUCCGGAUAGUUUCUCUAAAAUGACAUCAAUGAAAAGACUAAUUUUAUCCGGUAAUGAUAUUUUAUCUCUAGAGGCCGGAUUAUUUGGAAACCUAACACAAUUAACUACUUUAGAACUAGAAUUUUGUGGAUUGAAAAGACCGCUAAAUGCUAACGCUUUCUUUAAAAACUUGACGUACAUGGAUCUGCGAGAAAUCAGGCUUGGUGGAAAUCCUCUGGUUAUUCCAGCUUCUGGACCAAUAUUUCCAAAACAACUGUCACAAGUUACAAAACUUGAUAUGAGCAACUGUAACAUAUCAAGCCUUAACAUAGAUGCCUUUAAGAAUACAGAAAAUAUUACCGAGUUAAAUUUAGCUGGAAAUAGAAUUAAAUCCACAGAUGGCAGCCUGGAUUUUUUAGAAAGAUUACAUCAGCUAAAUAACCUUGAUUUGAGUAAUAAUAAUUUGACAACAAUUGACCCUCAAGUUUUUGUCAACAACCCUAAAAUACAUUCCUUGAACUUAAUCGGGAAUCCAUUUAUAUGCAAUUGCAAGAUAGCUGAAAUGUGGGAUUGGGCGAACAUGAUCAAAGGUAAUUUAGAGGUUCUAGUUGGAGCUAAGAGUGCUGAAAAAGAUAUUAUUGUGAAGGGCAAUAAGAAAAAGAAGCAUCUAUUUUGCCAUUACAAUGCGACUCAAUUGCGCAAUACGACUCUUUCAGUUAACAAAACAGUUCCUGGAAGGAGGCCGUUCAUGAAGCCCAGAGAACUGACAUUCGCCAACAGAACUUGGGCGAAAUAUGUCAGAGAAUCAGGUUGUGAGCCGGUGGUCAAGAUAUUGAGACCAGUAGCAUUAGUCGCUGACCUGUUCGAUUUUCGUAAGGGAUACACGUCUACAGGAGCUUCAGUCAUGUUAAUACUAGCCGUAGCUCUUGGAAUCGCAACUCUCAUGAUGACAAUAAGACUAUUCAGACGCCGGAACAGAAAAGAUGUGGACACAGAGACCAACAGAAAAGCCAGAUAACAAUCAAAACAAAUUAAAGUUCGAACACUGUAAAAACGUUUCUCGGAACAAACAGUGUAGACAAGACUGUAUAACUAACGGUUACAUAUUUAUACCAUAAAUCUUCUUAUUUUUGUACUCAGGUGAUAUAUUUAAAAUAGUAUUAGUGAUAGUGUUUAAUUUUCCUACAUAAGUAAUCCACAAUAAUAAAUUAGAUUUAGGUAUUAGUCUAACUUUGAAGCUUAUUCCCUAAUUCCCUAUCAGUAUUUCUCAAAUUCAUCAUUCAUCCGAAUCCAAAGUGAUAAUAAAAUUUGUAAAUAGGA